UGUGCAUGUGGUGAAUGAAUGGCUUGAACCAUAAGUCGGAGUACUAGCCUACUGUGCAUGUGGUGCGUCCGAAAUUAGGCGUAGGCCUACACACUGAACUGAUUUAUCGCACAGCACCGCCUCUUCAAUAUUGGGAAUCGACCCCAUCUACAGGCAGCCGAGCUUCCAUCAUUUGUAAUGCAAAGCUCAUUGAUGCUAUUGCAAUACUUGCAUGGCAGUCAAUGUGGUACAUUAUUGUUUCCAAUCGUGUUUUUAUAUUUCCAUGUUGUUUUAAGAUUCAACCACUGGCGCCGUUUGGGUUUAUUGGAUUUUUCCCCGAAACUUUUUAAUCAACUUUCUAACCAUCGUACAAUUUUUUGAGUGAGUGUUUGACUAACGGUCUGGGGUAAGCCUAUAGCACAAACGGGUGCAGCAGCUAUCCCUAUAGUUUUUAUCACAGUGUCGGCGUCUAUCCAUGAAUACCGUUGGAUUCUGUUCCCGGAAUGCCUCUGCGUAAAAUCCGCGUCUUAGCUUCCAUUGCGCGCCCGACGGAGCCACCAAAUGACAUUCCUUCACGAAGAAUUCUGCUUACGAGUCCUAACCUACUGUUGAGGUUAGAAUGAGCUUUUCUGGUAGGUUGUACAAAUAGUGGGACGACAUGGAUAUUGCCACAAAGUCUUCAGAAGAUUCGAGUUAUCUGCUGUCCAGAGCAUCUUCGUUUUUGCCGGCGACUAUCCUAGCAAACUCCUCGAAGAGACGCUUUGACAAGCUGGGAAGAAUGCCAAGCAAUGGCUCUCAACGGUCUGGCUCCUCCAGUAGCUCCUCCACCAGGUCGGGCGAGGCCGUGAAGCUCCGCCCUCCCGGGAAGACCCAGCGCCAUCUGAACCGCUUCUCUGGGGUCUUCCUCCGGAGCCCUGACCCCCCCGGCCCCCCCGGCCCCCCCAUGGCCCUGCCGGCCAGCCUGAGGCCCUCCCUGUCAGGCCACCUCCGGAAGGGCAGCGUGAGUCCGGGAGACGGCCCGGGUGUGGCUGAAGACCCCUCAGAGCUGUCCACCCAGAAGACCGCUCCCGGGAUCCUGAAGGUCUUUGGCAGCGAGAUCUGCGAAGGGGCCCACUACAAGAGCGUGCUCGCCACCACACACUCCAGCGCUAAGGAACUCGUGAAGGAAGCCCUCGAAAGGUACGGCCUGGGGAAGGAGGAGGCCCAGUCCUAUGUCCUCUGCGACUCCAUCGGCUCCGUCGUCGGGGGCAGCCAGUGGGAGACGGAGGCCUUUCGGGUCGUCGGGGACAACGAGAAGCCUCUCCUCCUGCAGUCGCUAUGGAAACCCAGAGAGGGGCUUGCGCGGCGCUUCGAGAUCCAGCGGCGGAGCUCCGUGGACGAGAAGCGGUCCAAGGAGAAAGACACGGUCACCGCCGGUAUCAACGCCCAGGCCCGCAGGCUGCAGAAGAGCCGCUCCCGGGUGGCCUCCACCCUCUUCGAGAAGGCCAGUGGCCUCCGGGGGCCCAGCCUGUGGAGGAGCCGGAGCGAGAUGGACCUGCUGGACGUCCCCGCCGAGCCGCAGCCUCAACCUUCGACACCUCCACCACCUCCACCGCCCCUCCACCUCCACCAGGCCGACCACCACCACAACCACAAGCAGAACCACAAGCAGAACCAGAACCACAGGCUGGACCGGAACCACAACCCUGCCCCCAACACGAGGGGCCGCGGCCUGAAUGGCGCUCCCCCCAACGGGGGGGCGGGGGCGGACACAGAGAGCCUCUGUCAGAGGGGGCGAGAGGAGCAGCUGAGGGGGGAGGGAGGGGGGAGAGGGGAGUCGGAGACAGAGAGCAGCGAGGACAGCGGCACGCGGUACACCGUCCGCCCGCCCCGGGACGGCCCGUACCUGCUGCUGCUGAGGGGCUACAGGCCGCUGGAGGAGUUUGUGAUCUACCUGGUAACGGGACCGAGCACCGUGAUUGGCCGAGGCAGUGAGCAGCAGGGUGAAGGGUUGAAGCUUGACAUCCCUCUGUUCGCCCCUGACAUCCGCGCCCGGCACUGCUGCCUGCGACGGAGGGGGGGCCCCGGGGGGCCGACUCUGCUCCGGCCCCGCGGCGAUGCCCUGGUGACCUGCAACGGAGAGGUGCUGGAGAAGGAGGCGGAGCUUCACCCCGGUGAUGUCAUCGGCCUGGGACAGUCCUACCUGUUCCUCUUCAAGAACCCCUCCGCCGUGGCGUCCGAGGACGUGACCGAUGCCCAUCAGGAGACCCACAUGCCCGGCAUGCCCUGUCUCCUGGCCGACGCCCAAUCCACCGCCGGCCCCGCCCCCAGCCCCGCCCCCAGCCCCGCCCCCUGUCCCGGCCCCGACCCCGGGCAGCGGACCCUCUGCCCCCGCUGCCUCUCAGCCCGCCCCCGCCCCGCCCGUCCCGGCGUGAGGUGGUCCCUCACAGGCUGCCCCGCCGCCCUGAGGGACGCCGAGGGCCGCGGCCUCACCCUGACCCACGGCCCCGGGGAGGAGGGGGCGGUCGUCAUGGAGACGGUCGCCAUGGGCACCGACGGGCCGCCGCUGACCACGGCCUUCCUGAUGAGUGUGUGCGUGCAGUCGGCGGCCGCGCGGGGCGACGCCACCGACCUCCGCAGGCUCCUUCUGCUGGUGGCGGCGAACGCGCAGAACGCCGUCUGGGAGUGCAGCAACCAGCUCGCUGAGGCCCAGGCUGAUGGGGACGCGGUCGCUGAAUGGAGCGACUUGGUGCAGCGGCGGCGGCCGGCUCUGGACCAGGCGCUGGCGGCGCUGCGCCCCCUGGUGGUGUGGAUGUCCAACGGCCUGGAGCUGCUGCAUGUGCUCCAGACCCAGCUGCCCCCCCUGCUGGACUGGAGGACCCGGCGGGAGUGGGGGCGGGGCCGCGGGGAGGAGGAGCACGGGGACCAUGGCGACGGGCAGGAGGCGGAGCUUUCAGCACUUCUGGACCUGCGGCGGGCGUGUGUGCACACGGCGAGCGAGGAGGCGGUGGCGGUGCUGGAGGAGAUUGUCAUGCUCACCUUCCAGCAGUGUGUUUACUACGUCACCAAGAUCCUGCAUCCCAUCCUACCGGGCGUUCUGGACGACGACCCGUUUGCAGACAGCCCCUCCUCCACCCAGACGACCCAGGGGGGUGUGGGGGGCAGCAGGGAGCCCCAGGGGGUGGUGGGGGUCCAGGGCGUCCUGGAGGUGCUGGGCUCCACCCAGACGCUGCUCCAGGAGUGCGAGGUCCACCCGGAGGUGGGGUCCCAGCUGCUGGCCUACCUGCUGUACUUCAUCAACGCCUCGCUGCUCAACACGCUCAUGGAGAGAGGCCCGGAGGCGGGGUUCUACCAGUGGUCCCGGGGGGUCCGGAUCAGGGCCAACCUGGACGUGCUGCUGGACUGGGUCCACGCGUCGGGGCCCCCCCCGGGGCAGCUGGCCCCCGAGCACCUCCACACCCUCUCCGCCGCCGUCAACCUGCUGGCCACACCCCGCCACCUCCUGCUGCAGACAUCAUGGGCCUCCCUGCGUGCGGACUACCCUGAUCUGAGGGAAGCCCAGCUGCACCACCUGCUGGUCCACUACAGCCCCUCCCCCCCCAACCCCCAGGCCUGGAUCCCAGCCUCGCCGGGCCCCCAGACCCAGACCCCAGCCUCCCCGGGCCCCCAGCAGGCCUGGAUCCCGGUCCCUGGAGACCUGGAAGCGGUCCUUCGUACCACUGACAUUUUGGAGAGCUUUGACACCCAGCACCCGCUGGUGCUGCCAGGGGAGGGCUACCACCUGGGGGCGGGCGCAGCCGUGACGGACAGGGCCCUCAGCCAACAGCUGGGCCGCCUGCAGGACUUCAUCUCCCGCCUGUCAGACACGCCGUCCAAUAAGGAGACGGCAAGCACCAAACCCCAGGAGCGGGUCGUUCCCGCCCAGGCCAGGCGGGUCCGCAUGGCGGUCCUCCCGCGGCCCAGCCUGGAGGUCAUCGAGGACUCCUCGCCCCUCAGCCCCCCCCGCGACAUUGAGCUGGUCAUCACCGAGGAGCCGCCCCACACAGGGGAGGCGGAGGGGGAGGAGAGGGAGGAGAGGGAGAAGGCCGUCUGGCUCUCUGCCCCGGAGGAGGUCCACGAGGAAGGCAGCCUGGUGUCGGAAUUCCUGGCGGCGUUGACGUCGGACCGGAGAUCAGUGAUCGGAGCGCUUAUGGAAGAGGAGGAGGAAGAGGAGGAGGAAGAGGAGGAGGAGGAGGAGGAGGACCUGGUCUUCAGUCUGGAGCUGGAGCGGGGGGAGCGGGGGCUUGGCCUGGCUCUGGUCGACGCGCGGGACCCCUCUCUGAGGACAACGGGGAUCUUCAUCCGGGCCGUGAUCCCGGACUCCCCCGCCGGCCGCUGUGAGAAGCUGGUCCCGGGGGACCGUAUCCUGGCCGUGAACGGGACCAGUCUGCUGGGGCUGGACCUGGACCUUGGUAAGGAGCUGAUCCAGGCUUCAGGCAACAGACCUAGAUUACUGGUGGCCCGCUCUGAUUGGACGUCUAGGGGUCUGCACUCAAAAUGCUGAAUGGCUUCAUCGCACUGGGGUGUUUUUUUUUACACCUCCAAAAAAUCGCAGACACCAUGAAUCGAAACACUAACUUAAAAAAGUUACACCUCAACAAACUCCAGACGCAGUGAAGAUAAAUAAGGUAUUAGGGAUUGGUGUUUAGCCAUGAAGAUUGAAUUGCACUAUUUUCGUUUGCUUGUGUUUUAAGAUGAUGUGGAGAAUGAGGAAGGCCCUCACAGCCGCCAGUGUUCAUUAGACAGUUGUAACAAUGUCAGUUUCACACCGCACCGAGGUGGCGAUAACUGCGCUCCUCAUGAUAACAGACACAGGGUGGUGGGGGUCAGACUCGGACAGGUGAGGCUGCUUCAACCAGCCAGCCUCCACACCUGAGUGUUUCAGUGCCGUUCCGUUCUACUUCUGCUUGAUCUAGAGGCCAUCGGGUGUCAUUUUUCUGUUGAAUGCUGUUUUCAAAACUAAACAAACACAUACAAAGAGCUCGCCUUAAAUAUUUGUGAAGGAUUCCUUCAUUGUUAAUUUUCUUUUGAAUUACGAAACUUUCACCGCAGCCUUCCAUUUCAUUGAUUGCUUAUUUGAAUCCCUGUAUCAUAGUCCUCCAUCAGCCGCCACUCUAAACCGCUUCUAUGUUUAAAGCUAAACAGAGUUCCACCUCGACCCCCUCUCCGCCCUAACCACUAACACCCCCAUGUGACCGAGCCAGGAGAGUACUCCUGUUUCGGGUUCACACAGCAAAUUGCUUUAGAAAUGACAAAGGAAAACACCAUUUUAAAUCCCCUUAAAGUAAAAGUAAAUGGCUGGCAAUGAAAAUCUCCAUAAGGUAUUAACUCCUGAAAAUGCUGGCCCAUCUUCAUCGGGUGUUUUUAUCCUGACCAAGAUACGCUCCUCUCAAAUGUGUUUGUGUUCAUUUUUUAAAUGACUGAAGUAUGGUUUGUCUUGUGUCUUUAUAUGAGUGGUUCUUGGUCACGUCAGUAUUAUUGUGCUCUGGAAUGAAACACCAGAGAUCAGUCAGUCCACCAGCCCUCCACCAAGGAGAGGGGACCCUGUCAUCAUGUCAUUAUUUACUUCCUCUUUCCAUUGCUUUAUUCAAUUGAUAAUAAAAAUGUCCUAAAUUACACAAUAGCUCGGCAAUAUUUGUAUCAACAUGAUAUUAUAUCAAACAAUAUAUAACAUUUCAAGAGUGUAUAGACAAUAUCACACAAUCCCCAAUAUUAAAAUCCUCUC